AAUAUUUUUAAAUAAUAAUCAAUAUAAAAUUUCAUCGUGCAUAUACUGUUAAAAAUUUUUGUGGCGAUAAUUAUCGAUUACAGUAUGAGUAAAAACGUAGAUGUUUUAUCGGAAGAGAUUGAUGAAUUAAUGUUACGUAAAUUAGAAUUAAUAGAAGAAAAAGUUCAUGGAAAUAUUCAAAUGGAAACAUUGCUGAAGGAUGGCCACAUUGAGCUGGCAAAAGCAAAAUAUAUUCGUGGAAAGGAAAAUAUCAGUAUGUUACAAGUUCCAAAUAAUGAAGAUACAGUGACAUCCUUGUUUGAUUUAGAGACUAAAACAAUAAAUGAAGAUAAUGAUAUGACUGAGCCAUGUUUUGACAUCAGUUUUAAAAAAUUAAGCGAUGACGCAGAUGGACCGAAAGAUCCUAUAAAAUGGUUUGGUGUAUUGGUUCCACAAAACUUGAAAAACAGUCAGAAGCGUUUUCAGGAAUCCAUCUAUCUUGCUGCAAAGAUAGCAAAUACACAGGCAGAGCUUAUUUCCGUACUCUCCAAGCUUAAAACAUUAUGUAUUGAAAAAGAUAGUUCAUGUUCUCCAAAUGAUAUUUAA